AUGGGUAACGACCAAAAUGUCCAAGCCACAAAGGAGCAGCCCUCCUCCGUGCCUUCGGACAAAGUCUCCAUCAGGCAGGCCAAGGUCGUCUCGGAGAGGGGAGCUGAUGAGACAUUGCAACUGCUUGAGGAGCACGGCGACAAGGUCGGCGAGCUGACCCCUGAGCUCGAGGGUAAGCUCAAGAGCAAGAUCCGGAACCAUAUUCUUACGCUCGUCAUCGUUAUUGACCUGAUGCUCUAUAUCGAUAAGUCCACACUGUCCUAUGCAGCCCUCCUAGGCAUUUAUGAGGAGACGGGAAUCGACAACACCCAAUACAAUAAUCUCAACACACUCUUCUAUGCUGGUUACAUGGUCGCCCAGAUUCCAGGACACUACCUGAUGCAAAAACUCCCGCUCGGCCGCUUCGUCACUAUUUCCGUGUUUCUGUGGUCGGUAGUGGUCUUCCUCCACUGCACAGCCAAGAGCUAUGGCGGCCUGAUCCCGCUGCGAUUCUUCCUGGGAUUCUUCGAGUCCUGCCUGGUCCCAGCAAUGGAGGUAACGAUGGGCAUGUUCUUCACGCCCGCCGAAGCCGUGCGCUACCAACCACUCUUCUUCACCUCGUGCCUGGCAUCCCCCAUCCCAGCAGGGUUCAUUGCCUACGGGCUGCUGCACAUACAGUCCCAGGACGUGCUGCCGUGGAAGUUCUUCAUGAUCAUCACCGGCGGGAUCACGCUGCUCAUCGCGGUGUAUACCUUCUUCUUCUACCCAGACAACCCGGCCAGGGCGAGCUUCCUCACCAUCGACGAGCGCGUCCACGCCAUCCGGCGCAUCCACGCGGCGACCAAGUCGUCCAUCGAGCAGAAGACGGUCAAGCGCUCCCAGAUCAGCGAGACCCUCCGCGAUCCAGUCUCCUGGCUCUUCGUCGUGACCGCCCUGGCCAACCAGCUGUCCAACAACCUCGCGUACCAGCAGAACCUGCUCUUCCUGGCCAUCGGCGUCGACACGCUGGGGUCCACGCUCGUGUCCGCGGCGGGCGGCGCCUUCGCCGUGGUCUGCGCCGUCUGCGCCUUCCUCCUCCUCCGCUUCCUCCCGGGCCGCACCGCGCUCUGGGGUGCCUUCUGGUCCAUGUUUUCCGUCGCUGGCGGCAUCGGCAUGGUGGCGAUACGCUGGACCGAGCGGCUGCCGCUGCUCGCGUGCAUGCUGCUCGCGGGGUCGACCUUUGGGAUCACGUAUAUCAUCGCGCUCGGGUGGAACACUGCGACGGCGGGCGGGUAUACCAAAAAGCUAACGCGGAAUGUCAUGUGGAUGGUCGGUUAUAGCGUGGCGAAUUUGGUGAGCCCCCAGAUAUGGGUUGAAAAGGAUGGGCCGCGAUACUACGGUGCUUGGAUCACUCAGAUUGUGGUAAGCUGGGUUGGAGCUCCAUUGUGCAUGUUCGCGAUUCACCUUAUCCUGUCGCGGAGGAACAAGGAGCGACGGAGUUGGAUUUCAGAACAGGAGGCCUUGGGAUACCGGCCAGUGGGCAUGGUCCAGGUCGAAAGGGAUGGGGCCACAGUGGAGGUUGAGGUAGACGUCUCCCUGUUGGACCUCACGGACUUGGAGAACAAAUACUUCCUGUAUCAACUGUGA